GGCGUUCGGGUGGCAUCCUGACCAGAUGCCCGAACCACCUCAUCUGGCUCCUCUCCAUGUGGAGGAGCAGCGGCUUUACUUUGAGCUCCUCCCGGAUGGCAGAGCUUCUCACCCUAUCUCUAAGGGAGAGCCCCGCCACACGGCGGAGGAAACUUAUUUCGGCCGCUUGUACCCGUGAUUUUAUCCUUUCGGUCAUGACCCAAAGCUUAUGACCAUAGGUGAGGAUGGGAACGUAGAUCGACCGGUAAAUUGAGAGCUUUGCCUUCCGGCUCAGCUCCUUCUUCACCACAAAGGAUCGGUACAACGUCCGCAUUACUGAAGACGCCGCACCGAUCCGCCUGUCGAUCUCACGAUCCACUCUUCCCCCACUCGUGAACAAGACUCCUAGGUACUUGAACUCCUCCAUAUGUGUCCUUUAUCAUAGCUACAUGUAUGACCAAAAAACGUGUGAAAAUCAGUGGUAUUCAGGGAGGUCAGAUGAAUUAAAUGCGCUACCUGUUCAUUGCUCCUGCCAAAUGAAUUACACUGAGUGGAGCGGAUCACCACUCCAAGAUGGCGGUCCUGCGUCUUGUCAGUGCCAGUAGCUCGAUGCUGCUUCUAGUCAUAAGAUGUCUAUGGGUGAAACAGUUGGAGCUAGGUCGCUAACUCACACAGUUUUCUUCAAUGACAUUUUCAGCAUCAUUUAAUGUGACAAAAUUAAGUGUACAAAAUUGAAACACCCCCCAAAAAAUGUUGAAAUUAAUUCCAAAUACUUUCGUCAUCAAGAUACAAAUUACAAAUGGUCGGUUAAUUAUUGUUGUUAUGAUACUCCCUACCACCAGAUGGCGUAGUGCGCAUGUCACAGGGAACUCACUCAACAUCCGGUCAUACUCGCUAGCAUAAUUAAGGACGGCGGACAUUUAUCCAUGAAAAUAUGGAGAAGCUGGAAGGAGAUACCGAGAAGUCCACUGUCCGAGGUGGUGCAAAAGAAGAGGCCAGGGGCAAGUACGGCGUGCCCGUGCUGGAGGGGGCGCACGGACACCUGGUCCUGGAGGCCAACCACACACUCCAGCUCAACUGCAGGGGUCGCUGGGAGCUCUCUUGGUCUUUCCCCACAGACGUGCCCCUGGACCAGGUGCACGUGCAGGACUCCCGCUGCGGCAAGUCCCAGCACCUCCACUGCAGCCGCCUGACGCUCGGCGGCGCCCGGGCCGGCCACACGGGGACCUUCCGCUGCCGCUACCGCCGGCGGGUCCAGAGGCAGGCGUCCAUUUACGUGUAUGUGGCAGACAGCCGGCAGCCAUUUGUGGAGCAUCCGGAGAUGAGUCCUUACGUGUUGUACAUGAAGGAGAAGCAGCCGCUGGUGGUCCCCUGCAGGGUCACCCACCCCAACGUCACCAGCAGCCUGAUCAAGUUCCCCGACCACAGCCUGAGUCCGGACCAGAGGAACAUCUUGUGGAGCAGCAAGCAGGGCUUCACCAUCCGCAGUCCCACCUUCUUCUACAUCGGCCUCUUCUUCUGCCAGAGCGUCGUGGACGGCGUCACGCACAAGUCGCGUAUUUACUUCGUCCACAGACCGGUGAGUGAAAUCAUGGAUGUGUAUCUGAACAGCACCGGCCCCGUGCAGGCCUUGAAGGGGGAGAGGCUGGUUCUGAACUGCACCGCCACCGGAGAACUCAACACCAGGGUCAACAUCACCUGGGACUACCCGGGAAAGAGCAGCGCCAGAGGCUCCACCUCCAAACGCCUCCUGAAGCACAGAACCCACAUGUUGUUCUACAGCAUCCUCACCAUCACCAAGCUGCAGCGCUCCGACCGCGGCCUGUACACCUGCCGCGUCAGCAGCGGCGACAAGACCAAGCAGCAGAAAGUCACGGUGACCGUCUACGAUCGUCCAUUCAUCCGCUUGAAGCCCAGACGGGGUCCCGUGAUGGAGGCUCAGGCGGGGCAGAAAUCGUACCGAAUUUCGCCCAAACUGCGAGCCUUCCCGGUCCCACAGGUCAUCUGGUUGAAGGACGGCAUGGUGGCAGCAGAGCAGUGCUCCAGGUACCACAGAGACGGAAACUCCCUGGUCAUCAGGGACGUGGCGGAGGAGGACGCUGGGAAAUAUACCAUCCUCGUACGCAUCCAGGAGCACGGACUCUACCAGAACCUCACGCUAAUACUUGUGGUUAACGUGAGUCCUCAGAUAGGCGAGAAAGCGGUCUCGUUGCAAGACCCCGGUUCUGUGCCCCGGGGGAGCAGGCAGUCUCUACACUGUACGUCCCACGGCGUGCCCCCUCCUCACAUCACGUGGCUCUGGCACCCCUGCCCACCUAAAGGCCUGUGUGCGGGCCCGUCGCCGUCCUCCCUGUGGAGUCCUGUGACGGAGCAGAGUGUUCCCGCCACAUCCACACACAACCACAUCCUGAGUGUGGCGCUCAGACGGGAAGUGCUUGAGGGGAAGAACAAGACGGUCGGGGUUCUGACGGUGGGCCGGGCUCUGGUGUCGGGGGUGUAUCGUUGUGUCGCCUCCAACUCUGCAGGUGUGGACCACCUGGAUGUCUACUUCUACAUCUCAGACGUCCCGGGAGGCUUCGGUGUGAGCCUCGGCGAGGAAGCCACAGAGGGCGGAGAGGUGCGCCUCACCUGUCGCGCCAACAAGCACCUGUACGCCGCCCCGUCAUGGCGCAGGCUGAGCCACGCCCACGACCCCAGCAGGGGCGUCGCCCUGCGCGCUGAACUCACCACGGGGAAGUUCUCCCACUCGCUGCUGCUGUUGCUAAGCAACCUGAGCACCGGGGACUCCGGGGCGUACAGGUGCUCCGCCCGCCACCUGGUCACGGGACUCGAGACACACCUGGUCAGGCAGGUGAAAGUCUCAGCCUUGGCGCCUCCGGUGUUGCUCCUGAAUUUAACGGACUGCACCGUCAACGUCAGCAGCUCAGUGACCCUGCACUGCCCCACCGAGGGCGUCCCCCACCCGACCGUCACAUGGUACAAGAACCAAGGUGCUCUGCUGGCAGGAUCAGGGAUUGUCGUGUCGCCAGAGGAAGGCUCUCUUCAUAUUGGCCGCAUCACCGUGGAGGACCAGGGUCUGUACACCUGCCAGGCGACCAAUGAGAAGGGAGCUGCAGAGAGCUCCGCCUACAUUUGGGUUAAUAAUGUAUCUGAGGCGUCCUCCAUGGAGAUUCCCACCCUGGCCUGCACCUGUGUGGUGGCCACCUUGCUCUGGCUUCUCCUGACGCUGCUGAUCCGAAAACUCCGACAGCCCAAGCGCUCCCACAGCAAAGCAGGGUACCUGUCCAUCAUGGUGGACUCAGCAGGCCCUCCACCGGAGGAACGGGGGGACAGGCUCCACUAUGACCCCAAGCAGUGGGAGUUCCCCAGAGAACGCCUUAAAUUAGGAAAGAAUCUGGGCCGCGGAGCAUUCGGUAAGGUGGUGCAAGCAUCUGCCUUUGGGAUCGACGGCGCCUCCAGCUGCAGGACGGUGGCGGUGAAGAUGCUCAAAGAGGGCGCCACUGUCAGCGAGCAUAAAGCUCUGAUGACUGAGCUGAAAAUUCUUAAGCACAUUGGACAACAUCUCAAUGUUGUCAAUCUGCUGGGAGCCUGCACCAAACCUGGAGGCCCGCUCAUGAUCAUCGUGGAGUUCUGUCGAUAUGGAAACCUCUCCAGCUUCCUGAAGAGCAAACGGGAGGUGUACGUGCACAACAGGGGGAUGCAAAUAAAUGGAGAAAAGACUGCAACGAUAAGAUUACUCUUUAAAGACGUUGACAUUCGGCCCUCCAACGCUCCUCCUUUGUUUCUGGAGGACCUCAUCUCCUUCAGCUUCCAGGUGGCAAGAGGAAUGCAGUUCCUGGCCUCUCGCAAGUGUAUACACAGAGACCUGGCGGCACGCAAUGUCCUCCUGUCAGACAACCACGUGGUGAAGAUCUGUGACUUUGGACUGGCCAGAGACAUCUACAAAGACCCGGACUACGUCCGCAAGGGAGAUGCCCGCCUGCCUCUGAAGUGGAUGUCUCCAGAGUCCAUCUUUGACAAGGUGUUCACCACACAAAGUGACGUGUGGUCCUUUGGCGUUCUCCUCUGGGAGAUCUUCUCUCUGGGAGCGUCCCCAUACCCCGGUCUCCACAUCGACGAGGACUUCUGCCACAGACUGAAGGCAGGAACCAGGAUGGGAGCGCCGGAGUACAGCACAGCUGACAUUUACUGCACAAUGCUGGCCUGCUGGGAUGCCGAGGCCAGCGAGCGACCCUCCUUCUGCCAGCUGGUGCAGACCCUGGGCGACAUGCUCCAGUCCAUGGUGCAGCAGGAGGGGAAGGACUACGUUCCUCUGGGGUUACUUGUGGGAGACGGGAAGUGCACACAAAAAACGCUUGCUGUCACCAACUUGAGUUACAUGCGGGCUGUGACCACGCUGCACACCUUCCAGCUUCCCUGCGAGGACGACAAGCACCAAUCUGAGGAGGAGCAGAGCGACAGCGGCAUGGUCCUUCCAUCAGAGGAGCUCAAACGCCUGCCGUGGGACGACAACAACAACAAGCUCAGCAGACCACGUCUCCACGGCAACCAGACGGCCAUCUUUCCACAUGACUGGAGUUCCGAUGACGGGGGCUCUCCGCCCCCCGACUACAACGCCGCUUUCCUCUACCCGUCACUCUAACGUCUUCCUCGCCAUUGCCAUCAAUAAGCAAAUGUAUUUACUCACUUUCUGUGACUUAAUUGUCGUAUUGGUACCACAUAUGUGUGAGGGGACAACUCUUUGGAUUAAAACACAAUAUAUGCUGGAAAUAGUUAAGGCACCCUGUGUGUGUGUGUGUGACAAUUUGUUAAAAAGUACACAUAAAAAGCACUUUCUUCCCACAACGUAAGCAAGAGAGUAAGCAUUUUUUCUCUAUUUUUGCCAGGAUUUAGUAGAAGUGUCCUGAUCGGAUAUCAGUGGGGAAAAAAUCUGAUAUCAGACAGCAUGUAAAAUGUGCGAUACACGUUGCUGCUGUGUUUACUUCUGCAAACUUAACAGAGAAAUGUCCUCCAAUAAUUCUAGUCCAGUCAUUUACAAAAGGUCAACAAGCUAGGCGAUAGGUUACUAGCAGCUACACAACAGCUAAGCACACAAUAUUGCAGUGUAAAACAGCAGGUGUCAACAUAAACAAGUAUCAAAUAAUCAUAGUUGCUAUGUCUCUUAGAAAGUAUCCAGUAACAAACGUGUCCACAUCAUUCAACCUACUGUGUCAUAGGCUUAAUGAAUUGAGUUACUGUGGCUACCCAAAAACAAUACCACUCCACUUCAACUUAAAGACCGCAUAUAAGUCCAUUCUAGACCGUUUACAAAUUACAUUAAUGCGUUUCAGAAGUACCAUUAUGUCACUUCAAACAUUUUCCAACUUUCCAGACAUCAAAAUAAUACAAGUAUGUAUGUGUCUUGCUGAUUAUCUAUUGAAUCAAUAUCAGUAUCAUAUUGGAAGUGGAAAGUUAUCGGACGCUAUUAACAUUUACAUAAAUAGGAGUAAUAUAAGUAUAAUUUUCAGAGCAUUCAAUAAGUAUUACAAUAUUUUUACAAAACCCUAACAAACAUUGUUAACAAAUUGUAGGGUAAACUGAGUACAAACUGUUUCCAAAUAACUAUGUUGGGAAAAAAGCUUUAGGAUAUAAAAUUUUAGGUGUUCACAUUCGUCAAAAAGUGCACUUAUUUCCUACACCAUUAGCAAAAUAGAACAUUUUCAUGGUUAUUUUAUUAUUAUGGUUGUCAGCAAAGAAAAAUCCACUGUUUAGCCGCACCGUCUUAAAGCCGCAGGGUUCAAAGCAUCGGAAAAAAGUAGUGGCUUGUAGUCCGGAAGUUACGGUAAUAUAUAGCAAAAUAAUUGAAUUAUAGAAUUCCACCUUUUUAUAUUUAGUAGUAAUUUUGUUAAGCUAUUGAAAACAUAAUUGUAUGAUUGACAGGGUGACCUACUGUAACAUAGAUGCUGUAAUCUUUGAUUAUUAUUGUGCAAUGUGUUUGUUUUACAUUCAUGUACUAACUUGGAUAUCAUUGAUGAAAGUAAGAAUGUAUAAGUUUUGGUAUUCUUUAUUAAAAUACAGCUGUACACACAAA